UUCCCGUUGGCACGGGUCCCCCAGGCCUGCCUGGCAGCCUCGCCAGAGGAGCCAGGCAGAUGCCGCAGGGAAAUGCUUCCGGCAGCAGGAUGAGGGCAGCCCACCCAGAGCCACGGUGCUGGCUGGAGUGACUGCAUGGGAAGCGGGAGUCAGGACUCCUGGGUUCCCUCCUACUCGCCCUGCUCUAGGACCCAUCUUCUCGAGGGCUGCCAAGUGCAGGGCAGGGUGAGGGUGCUCAGGUUCUCUGCCUCGGUUUCCCCAGCAGCAAGCUGGGAAGCCUUCCCCACAUCCCAGAAGCUGCCCCCACCACGUGCACCUUAGGCUCCACGUCUGAGCCCCUCUGAUGGCAGCUUGGAUGAGGACUGCAAGGCUGGAGAGAGGAGCAGCAUCUGGGCUGCCUCUCCUGUGGUGCGCAGCAGGCAGGCCAACCGCUCCGCAGGCUUCUCCAGGAGCGCAUGAGGGUCCCUGGGCUCUGAGCCCACCCAUAGCCACUGGGAUUGACUGAGACCCCAACAGGCUCCUUCCCAGGCUGGGGCUGGGAGCCGUGCGCUGGCCGAGGUGGGUGCAUGCCCCUGCGGGCCUGUGCGUGACGGUCCCCCUGCUUCCCCGCAGACGUGGCCGUGGUGGAGGUGAACAUCUCCCAAUGCCAGCCCUCGCUCUUCUACCACCUGGGCGUGCGCGAGAGCUUCAGCAUGACCAACAACAUCCUGCUGUGCUGCCACACCGACCUGCCCGACCUGCAGGCUCUCCGGGAGGACGUCUGCCAGAAGAACUCCGACUGCUGCAGCAGCUACACGCUCAUCCCCUACGUGGUGACUGCCCAGAACAAAGUCCUGUGCUGCGACGCCAGCGCCAUGAAGUGCCUGACCGAGCUCUUCCAGCCCAGCUUUGACAUGGAGGCCUUCUUCACCCCGCUGGCGGCACGCUUGGCCAAGCUGCUCGAGGCCACCCCCACCAACUCCUGCGAGUACUUCCGGGAGAUCCUCCGCCGGGACAUCCGCCAUGCCCGGGAGCAGUACCGGGGCGAGCAGCUGAGCCAGGAGCUGGCCCGUAUCCAGCAGCGCCUGGACAGUGUCGAGUUCCUCAGCCUCGACAUCGUCGUGAACCUCCUCCUGUCCUACCGCGACGUCCAGAACUACGACGCCAUCAUCUCGCUGGUGGAGACCCUCCAUGCCCUGCCCACCUGCGACGUGGCCGAGCAGCACAACAUCCGCUUCCAUUACGCCUUCGCCCUCAACAGCCGAAACCAGCCUGGGGACCGGGAGAAGGCGUUGGCCGUGCUGCUGCCGGUGGUGGAGCAGCGGGAAGGAGUGGCGCCCGACCUGUACUGCAUGUGUGGCCGCAUCUACAAGGACAUGUUCAUCAGCUCCAACUUCACGGACACCGCCAAGAGGGACCAGUCCUUGCACUGGUACAGCAAAGCCUUUGACACAGAACCCAGCCUCCACGCUGGGCUCAAUGCCGCUGUCCUCCUCAUGGCUGUUGGGCACGAGUUCGAGACCUCCCUGCAGCUCCGGCAAAUAGGCAUGAAGCUGGGCUGCCUUCAGGGCCGCAAGGGCAGCCUGGAGAAGAUGGAGUAUUACUGGGAUGUGGGCUUCUACCUGGGCACUGCCAUCCUGUCCAACAACCUGCCCAAGGUCACCCAGGCCUCGGAGAAGCUCUACAAGCUCCACGCCCCUGUCUGGUACCUGGUCUCCGUCAUGGAGACCUUCCUGAUUUACAAGCACUUCAAGAAGAGCCUGGCAGACACAUCCCCCAGGCAGGCCCUGGCAGACUUCUGGCUGGGCUUCCUGCUGGCGUCGUCCCAGCCCUUCGCCCCCACGGACAGCUGCCCGGUGCUGAUCCUAGAGCCGGCCCAGGUCCUGCAGCCGGCCCAGCUGACCGUGCGGGAGGACCAGGCCGAAUGCUCCCUGAUGCUCCACCACGUCUGCCCCAUGGAGGAGACAGGGGUUUCCAGCUGGACCUUCCCGGCUUCCUCCAUCCGCGGGGUCAGCAUCUCCAAGUGGGACGAACGCUGCUCCUUCCUGUACGUGCUGCCCGCGGCCGAGGACUUCCAGCUGUGCUUCCCCACCCAGCACCACUGCCGCUGGUUCUGCGAGCUGGUCGGCUCCAUCGUGGCGGCGCAGGCAGGGUCCGGCGAGGAGGCAGGCAGCAGCGCUAGUGAGGUCUUGGAGUACGACUACGAGUACACGGAGACGGGCGACCGGGUGGUGCUGGGCAAGGGCACCUACGGCAUUGUCUAUGCUGGACGCGACCUCAGCAACCAGGUGCGCAUCGCCAUCAAGGAGAUCCCGGAGCAGGAUGGCAGAUACUCGCAGCCGCUGCACGAGGAGAUUGCCCUGCACAAGCGCUUGAGGCAUAAGAACAUCGUCCAGUACCUGGGCUCCAUCAGCCAGGACGGCUUCAUCAAGAUCUUCAUGGAGGAGGUGCCAGGAGGGAGCCUCUCGUCCUUGCUGCACUCCAAGUGGGGCCCUCUGAAGGACAACGAGCCCACCAUCGUCUACUACACCCGGCAGAUCCUGGAGGGGCUGCGCUACCUGCACGACAACCAGAUCGUCCACCGCGACAUCAAGGGCGACAACGUCCUCAUCAACACGUACAGCGGGGUGCUCAAGAUCUCCGACUUCGGCACCUCCAAGCGGCUGGCUGGGAUCAGCCCCAGCACCGAGACCUUCACAGGCACCCUGCAGUACAUGGCCCCCGAGGUCAUCGACCACGGCCCGCGGGGCUACGGGAAGCCGGCGGACAUCUGGUCCCUGGGCUGCACCCUCAUCGAGAUGGCUACGGGCAAGCCCCCCUUCUACGAGCUGGAGAGCCCACAGGCUGCCAUGUUCAAGGUGGGGAUGUUCAAGAUGCACCCCAAGGUGCCGGACUCCAUGUCGGGAGAAGCCAAGGCCUUCAUCCUCGCCUGCUUCGAGGUGGAGCCAGACAAGCGGGCCACAGCCGCGGCCCUGCUGCUGCAGCCCUUCCUGGCGCCCUCCAGCCGAAAGAAAGCCAGGAGCCCCGGCGCGCCGGCCGAGGGGGCAGGUGACUCCCCGAUUCUGGCGCGCCGCGGAGAGGCUGCCGGCAUCCCCAGGAGCGUCUCCUCAUCCUUGCAGGUCCCCAGGGCAGGUGCCAAGGUGGACGGCAGACUCUUGGCUCGCUGCACCAGCGAGGCGACCCUGAGACGCGGCUGCCGCGGGGCCCCCGAGGAGUCAUCCAGCUCCGAUUUCAGCAUCUCGUCGUCCUCCUCGGAGGAAAGCAGUGGCCUCUUCUUGCUGCGGAAGGACAGCGAGCGCAGAGCCACCCUGCACCGCAUCCUCACUGAGGAGCUGCCCAGCCUCGUGGCCACCCUGCAAGAGACCCAGGCACAGAGCGCGGAGGGAGCUCGGCUGGAGCCGGACCACAUCGCCCAGCUGGUGUCCUGCCUUGGGGGCUUCAUCCGCUCCCCCAGCCCCCGGCAGCUGGAGCAAGACCUGCGGGCACUGCAAGGCCAGCUGCAGGCAAGCGGCCGGAGCCUCCGCCACGCCCAGCCGCUGCUCUUUGGCUUCCAGGAGGCGGUGAAGCAAGUCCUGCGGCGGCACCAGAUCAAGCCGCACUGGAUGUUCGCGCUGGACAACCUCAUGGGACAGGCGGUGCAGGCGGCAUUGACCCUGCUCCUGACAGAGCUUGGCUUGACCGCCAGGGUGCAGGGCAAAAAGGACCUCGAAGAAGCAAGCAAUGAGGAGGAGGAGGAGGAGGAGGAGCAAGAGGAGACCAAGAGCCAGCCAGCCACAACGGGCAGCGAGGGGGCUCUGAGGCCGGGUGGCGAUGCCAGCCCCGGUGCCCAAACCAACCCACCAGGCACCUCCCUGCUCAUGGCACAGCUCAGGCACCUCCACGUGGAGACGGGCAGGCUGCUGCAGGAGCUGGUGCAGAAGGAGCAGGAGUGGCAGGGGCUGGUGAGGAGGGCGCUGCAGGCGGCCAGACAGGACGCCAACACUGGGCGGAGGUCACUGCCCGUCGUUGUCUCCGCUCCCUGCCAGGCACAGCCCCCGGACCCCCUCCUCGUGGACUGGCUGCAGCACCACAGCGUUGACAGGGACACGACCGAGACGCUCCUGGCACACGGCUUCACCCUGCACGACCUGCUGACCUGCGCCACGCGGGACGACCUGCUGUACACGGGUAUCAGGUACCACCACCCCGCUCUCCCUCCCUGGCUCCCCAGGGCAGGCUGCCCCUUCCUGGGACGAGGGGGCUCAGGGUGGGAGAUGCCAGGCCUGGGUUGGACCGUCUCCUCCAAGACGGCCACGUGGCAGCCGGGGACCUAGCCGCGGCCACACAAGGCUGGCCCUGUCCCCGCCGG